AUGGACUCUACUGCGCUCUGGUCAAUCUGGAGAGGCUGGAGGAGCCGGGAUUGUUCCCCUCGGAGCGGAGAAGCCUUCGCCGAGCUGCAGACGGACAUCCACGAGCUGACCAACGAGCUGGACGCGGUGGGCAUCCCCUUCCUGGACUACAAGACCUACGCUAUCCGCGUGCUCUUCCCCGGCAUCGAGGACCACCCGGUCCUGAAGGAGCUCGACGCUCCGGCCAACGUGGAGAAGGGUCUAAGGAUCUUCGGACAGCUGCUGAACAACAAGGUCUUCCUGCUGACCUUUGUGCGGACGCUGGAGGCCCAGCGCAGCUUCUCGAUGAGGGACAGGGGCAACGUGGCCUCGCUGGUGAUGACAGUGCUGCAGGGGAAGAUGCAGUACGCCACCGUGGUGCUCAAACAACUGCUCUCCGACCUCAUCGAGAAGAACCUGGAGAACAAGAACCAUCCCAAGCUGCUGCUGCGCAGGACAGAGUCUGUGGCUGAGAAGAUGUUGACAAACUGGUUCACGUUCCUGCUCUACAGAUUCCUGAAGGAGUGUGUUGGCGAGCCCCUCUUCAUGCUGUACUGUGCCAUCAAGCAACAAAUGGAGAAGGGACCCAUCGAUUCCAUCACUGGGGAGGCUCGCUACUCUCUCAGCGAGGACAAGCUGAUCCGGCAACAGAUUGACUACAAGAUGCUGACGCUGACCUGCAUAUGCCCCGAGAACGAGAGCACCACCCAGAUUCCCGUCAAGGUGCUGAACUGCGACACCAUCACCCAGGUGAAGGACAAGCUGCUGGACGCCAUCUACAAAGGCAUUCCCUACUCCCAGCGUCCCAAAGCGGAGGACAUGGAUCUAGAGUGGAGGCAGAGUCGAGGAGCCCGCCUAAUCCUCCAGGAUGAGGACGUCACGACCAAGAUCGAGUAUGACUGGAAGCGGCUGAACACGUUGUCACAUUACCAGGUCACGGACGGGUCAGCAGUGGCCCUGGUCCCCAAGCAGAUAUCGGCGUACAACAUCGCAAAUUCCUUUACCUUCACCCGCUCGCUCAGCCGCUAUGAAAGCAUGCUCCGGACAGCCAGUAGCCCAGACAGUAUGCGUUCCCGGGUUCCCAUGAUCACUCCAGACCAGGAGACGGGCACCAAACUCUGGCAUCUGGUCAGGAACCACGAUCACACCGAUCAGAAGGAGGGAGACCGAGGCAGUAAGAUGGUGUCGGAGAUUUAUCUAACCAGGCUUCUUGCCACAAAGGGCACCCUGCAGAAGUUUCUGGAUGACCUGUUCGAGACGGUGUUUAGCACAGCCCAUCGAGGCAGCGCCCUGCCCCUGGCCAUCAAAUACAUGUUCGACUUCCUGGACGAGCAGGCCGACCAGCAGCUCAUCAGUGACCCUGACGUUCGACACACGUGGAAGAGUAACUGCCUCCCGCUCCGGUUCUGGGUUAACGUCAUCAAGAACCCCCAGUUCGUCUUCGACGUCCACAAGAGCAGCAUCACCGACGCCUGCCUCUCUGUGGUGGCACAGACCUUCAUGGACUCGUGCUCCACCUCCGAGCAUCGGCUGGGCAAGGACUCGCCCUCCAACAAGCUCCUGUAUGCCAAAGACAUCCCCAACUACAAGACUUGGGUGGAAAGGUACUACCGGGACAUCAGCAAGAUGACGGCCAUCAGCGACCAGGACAUGGACGCCUACUUGGCCGAACAGUCCCGCCUCCACGCCAACGAAUUCAACACCUUGAGUGCCCUCAACGAGCUCUAUUUCUACAUUAACAAGUACCGGGACGAGAUCCUCACCGCCCUGGAACGCGACGCUUAUGCCCGCAAACACCGGCUGUGGCAGAAGCUGGAACAGACAGUGAAGCUGAUGGCAGGCAGCAGCUGAAGAUGGCCUGCGGCCUGGGAGUCCAGCUCAAGGCUGCUGCGUGG